UCAGGUGAAAUGGAUGGAAACCGUCCAGUACCAUUUAGACUGACACCAAACCUGGCUGAGCUUGUUACCAGUAUUGGGGUAUGGGGACCAUUUACUGCAUCAAUGGUGGCGACUGCUCGUUGUUUAGCUACUCCUUCUUUUAAAGUCAAUGCCCUUCUUCGAGCCAUUAUGCGAGAUGAAAUAAUAUCAUGGCACAAGUUCUCUUCUAUAUUCCGGCAGCAGCGUCAUGAGGGAAACACUGUGGAAGGUACUCAAGGGUCUGGUCCCAUGGAGGGUGAGGCUCUCAUUACUCGAGUAAACAAAGCUGUAACUGCAAUUGCUACACGUAUUCAGUCUCUUGCAUCCAGUGAUGGUGCAGACAGCAAGGUAACUCAGCUAGUACGUGCAGUGAAUUGUGUGGACAAUCUGUGUCGUAUGGACCCAGCGUGGCACCCAUGGUUGUAAAUAAUAAAAUUAUUACAUUAAAGGGAGAUGAGGAAGCUAAACCCAAACGGGGUCAUAUUGCAUCUGAGGGAAUAGAUAGCAUUUACGUUUGAUUCAAGGAGAAGGCAGGCCCAAUUCCUUGGAUCAGAAGCCCUAAUUAACAUCAAGACACUUCCCUCGAGGGAUGUAAAUAAUCAAAGCAGUUAUAUUCAGGUUAUAUUACUUUGUCAGAUAAUGAAAUUUUCAUGGAUCUGCAAUAGUCCGGUAUAUUUACAAAAGGAAUUUCAACUAUAUUUAGUAGGGAAAAUGUAUAGCCUGAAAAAUAUGUAAAUAUGUAUAUAACCAGUGUUUAACAGUAUGUGUAGUUAUUUAACUGUGUUCAGUCAUGUCCAUGAAAGAAAUGUAUGUAUUGUACAGUAUUUUUAGGGAGCAACCCAACAAAAGUUUUACAACUCUAUUUAUUUAAAAAUAAUAAUCUUGGAGAGGUUUUUAACUUCUGUCAGAAAUAUAAUUGAUAUUGAAGUUCCAUAAAGAGUUUUAUAUUUAACAGGUGUAAUAAAUGCUUUACCCCUUAA